AUGGGCACAACCAUGGAUACCAAAAAUGCCAUUUCCGACAUCUCCAAAGGACAUCAUGAGGUCAACAAUGUUCAAGUGACUUCUGUGCUUCCUGAUGGAGAUGUGCCAUAUACGGACCAUGAUAUGGAUGUCGAUGAGAGGGUGAUCACGGCGCUGGGUUACAAGCAAGAGUUCAAGCGCGAGUUCUCCCUAUGGACGACUUUCUGCGUCAGCUUUGCUGUUCUGGGAUUGCUACCGUCGUUUGCGAGUACCCUGUAUUAUGGAAUGGGAUAUGCCGGAACAGCAGGCAUGGUCUGGGGCUGGAUCAUUGCGAUGAUAUUCAUCCAGUGCAUUGCAAUGUCAAUGGCAGAGCUAUGUUCAGCAAUGCCGACUAGCGGUGGACUAUACUACGCCGCAGCAGUCCUCGCACCCCCCGGCUACGGGCCCUUCGCCGCCUGGAUCACUGGCUGGUCCAACUGGAUCGGACAGAUAACUGCAGCACCAUCAGUCAACUACUCGCUUAGCGCAAUGAUCCUCGCAGCAGUCUCAAUUCACAAACCAGACUACACCCCGACCUCAUGGCAGACUUUCCUGCUGACGGCCCUUAUAAUGAUUGUGCACGCUGGGAUCAGCAGUAUGCCCACGAAGCGGGUAGCGCAGUUCAACUCAUGGGGCUCAGCAUUUAACUGCAUCGCCCUGAUCGCAGUCCUCAUCAUGAUCCCCGCCAACACAACAAACAGCCCGAAGUUCACCCCCUCCAAACAAGUCUGGGGUGAUAUAACAAACCUAACCGACUUCCCCGACGGUGUCGCUGUGCUCAUGACAUUCGUCGGUGUGAUCUGGACGAUGUCUGGCUACGACUCGCCGUUCCAUUUGAGCGAGGAGUGCUCGAACGCGAGCAUCGCCUCACCGCGCGCAAUCGUGCUCACCUCCGGCGUGGGCGGGCUGAUGGGCUGGUUCCUACAGCUGGUUGUUGCAUACACGGUGCUGGAUAUCGAGGCUGUCAUUGAUUCCGAUCUGGGACAGCCCUGGGCGUCGUAUUUGUUGCAGGUCAUGCCGCAGAAAACGGCUAUAGCUAUCCUGGCUUUGACGAUUGUCUGUGGAUUUUCCAUGGGCCAGGGGUGUAUGGUUGCUGCGUCGCGGGUUACAUAUGCCUAUGCCCGCGAUGACUGCUUUCCCUUCUCGAAUUACUGGAAGCAGGUGAACCCGUCUACCCAGACUCCGGUUAAUGCGGUCGUGCUGAAUACCGUUCUCGGCAUCUUAAUGUGUCUUCUUAUUCUGGCUGGGGAGGUCGUGAUUGGUGCUUUGUUCUCUAUUGGAGCUAUUGCGCAGUUCUUUGCUUUUGCUGUUCCUAUCACUAUUCGGGUGUUCUUUGUCGGUAAUCGGUUCCGCAAGGGCCCCUGGCAUCUGGGUCCCUUUGGCCCGUAUAUCGGUGCCAUUGGUGUUGCCUUUGUGCUCUUGAUGAUCCCGAUAUUGUGUUUACCCAGUGUUACUGGUAAAAACUUAACACCCGAUGGAAUGAAUUGGACUUGCCUUGCUUGGGGCGUACCAAUGGUGGCGGUCACGAUUUGGUGGUUUGUUGAUGCUCAUCGCUGGUUCCGAGGUCCUGUGGUCAAUGUCGAGCAUGCCAUCCAUGCGAUUGAGCAGGAGCCAAUCGUUAGUGAGGGCAUCGAGCCUGAGCUUCGAGAGACUGAGGCAGCUUCUUUGUCGCGCAAGGUGGAUGAUCUAGAUAAACCUACCUAG